AUGCUCAAAAUACCCUUAUGGAAACCUAGGAAGGUAUUCCAGCGUAAACGCAAAACAAAACAACAAGAACCUACUAGUGGCAAUAGUGGUUUAAGCAUUUCAAGUCGAUCAGAUAUCGAUGGAACUCCCAGUUCUAUCGAUCCUGCUUCUAGUCGAGCCUUUUCUUCGAGAGAUCUGCCCGAUCUGGAAAGCACCCAAAAGGGAGCGCCUUAUCACGAUAACGAACUUUCAGCGAACGGCAUAGCUCGGGCACUCCCUGAACGACAACCAUCAUUCAAUAAGCGGAUGCCAGCAGUGCGUCUCCCUGAUCUAGAGCACACCGUCACACCUCCAGAUCAGACUCGGAUCAAAGCCAGUCAAACCCUUUGUAACCUCGUCAUCAACUACUACCAAGAGCCGGUGGCCCGUAUCGAAGACUUGUUAGUGGACUAUGAGGAAGAGACGGCCUUCGAAGAACUGGCUGGGUUAGCCACCAAGGAGCUAACAGCGCACACUGCGGGAUCGGCCGAAGCCUUCUAUUUGAAAGUGGGUCGGUUUCAAUUGAAACGAGUUGACACAGAAACUAUAGCAUAUCGAGGCAUCCUGGAGAGCAGCCGUGAAUGGCAUGAGUACGUUCCAUGGAGAAUACAUCAAUUUCUCGGGAACAAUCGCAAUGUACGCUUCUACUUAGAGAUUGAGUGGGAGUAUUCGAGCCUCCAAAUCAAACCAGUCCCUGACCAGGAAUACAAGGAAACUAUCUGCAUCGCCAUAGAAAACAAGAUAAAAAGGAACUGGGAGGGCAAAGUGUAUGUCCCACGAAGAGACCUUGAUCACAUUAUGACGCCUGAUACAAUAUCAAAGUUGAUUCGCGACGACAAAAGCCUUCACGACGGCAAGUUUUUGAUAAUCAAUGGCGGAAAGAAAUUGGAAGAAAGAGAUAAUUUUCUUGAAUUCAUCGACAGGAUCUGGCUCUGGGGGGCGCGCUUGAUGGCGUUCUGUGUGUAUGCAGAAUUGCCUCUUAGCUGUUUCUAUCAGAUGUGGGAGAAAAAACUCAGGAAUACGAACCUUCCUCUCAGCGAUAGCGACUGCCCAGAUCCAUCCUAUCGUCGGAAGUUCAGCAUGGUCGUCGGAAUCUCAGGCGGUUUUGCGGCCCACACGUUUGUCAUGAACGAAAAGAGUCACCCAGAGCAUCUCCAUCUUCCCCGCGACGUUGUAGUGCCUAUUCUCUUCGACAAGAGCAAUGACGAAAGCCUUCUUGGUAAAGGAGGUUUCGGGAUCGUGUAUGAGGUCCGUAUUGACGCAGACCAUCAUUCGUUUUCAACUAUGCGAGACGAAACUUUUGCAUUCAAAAAAUUUUAUGAUCUGAGUGCGCGUACUCAGGCGGAAGUUGCAAACGAGUCGAGCACGCUUACCCGGCUUGCAGAGGUACCGCAUCCUAACAUUACAACCCACCUAGCCUCGUGGAACCAAGAUGGGUGCUGCUAUAUGUUAUUCCGGCGUGCGAACUGCAAUCUCCACACCUAUAUGGAAAACCCAUCUCCACAGCUGACAAAGCCAACUAUGCUCGCCCUGCUUUCUCAGAUGAGAGGGUUGGCUGAUGGGUUAAGACACAUUCAUAAUUUAGGACCAUCGAACCUGGAACCGGAUCGUGUUGAUGAGGACGUCAAGGGCAAGGGCAAACGCAAGGCGGGCCGGCGUCGCCAAGCGUGUUUUCAUCACGACCUGAAGCCUCGCAAUAUCCUGGUAACUGUCAACCCUGACACUGGAGACUUGUUAUUCUCAAUCAGUGACUUCGGGACGGCAAGAAUUGGACAGAUCCUCUCGGGCUCCGCUCAACAUAGUUUUUUCCCAACCCGUCCAUCCGCGGGCGAUGCUGUCUACGGCGCACCAGAUGCUAUUUUGGAAGGGAGUACGUCUCGCCCCUACGAUAUGUGGUCGAUGGGCUGUAUGUUUUUGGAGCUCUUAACGUGGAUUGUGGGGCUUGAAGAAGAAGACAACGUGAAAAAUUUUGCGGACAGGCGGAUGACAGAUGCUACUGAUCCUCACGGCAACCAAGACCAGUCAUUCUGGUGUCAGGAUAAAGGUCAUAAUGUACAUCUCAAAGCUUCUGUUAUCAGGCAGCUGCGGAUUCUCAAAGAUCGUUGCGAAGGCCGGGGAGUCUUGCCACAUUUGGUGCGUGUCGUGGGCAGGUUGCUCAAUAUUCGAGCUCAAGACCGCCUCAACGCCUCUGAGCUUUUUAAUGCUCUUGAUGCUACCAUGACCCAAGCUGAGUGGGACUUGAAAAAUGAAAUGUUCUACAUCGAUUCUGGUUCAGAUACAUCUCAGAUCGCCGCUCCACCCAGCUCUAUCGGUGAUUCGGAUGGUCAUUCACGCCGGCCUAGUAUCGACAGUCGCGCAUACCCAGCACAAUACGGAAGCCACUUAACCCCCGACUCUAGGACCAACAGGCGAUUCACGACUAGUGAGGUCCCCGAAACCCACGGACAAAGAAGACAAAGUAUCCAUGGUAGGCACCAUAGCUCUCCAGAAGCCGUUGCCCAACCACUACUAGGUCUAGCCACGAGAGACAUCCACAAUUGGAUGGAGCAGUCCAGCCCAACAAACGAAAUCGAAACUCCCACCACGCCCAGGAUAGCAAUUUCUCAGGCCAAUGAUGAGCUCGACUACGAAGAUCUACCUCGCAAUAGAUCUCGGACAUCCGUUCACGACUCCCCAUUUGCUGAUGACUCGAGCUGA